AUGACACGUCAAAACAGUGAAGCAUUGUCCGCAAAACGCCAACAAAAUGGAGGAAAAGCAUACCAUAAACAGGAUAACGAUGACAGAAACAACAACCAUUAUACCAACAGCGGACAGAAACAACAACCAUUACACCAACUCAGGACAGAAAUAACAACCAGUACACCAACACAGGACAGAAACAACAACCAUUACACCAACACAGGACAGAAACAACAACCAUUACACCAACACAGGACAGAAACAACGACCAUUACACCAACACACUUAACAAACAACAACCAUUACACCAACACAGGACAGAAACAACAACCAUUACACCAACACAAGACAGAAACAACGACCAUUACACCAACAGAGGAUAGAAACAACAACCAUUACACUAUCACGGGACAGAAACAACAACCAUUACACCAAUACAGACAGAAACACCAACCAUUAUACCAACAGCGGACAGAAACAACAACCAUUACACCAACUCAGGACAGAAAUAACAACCAUUACACCAACACAGGACAGAAACAACAACCAUUACACCAACACAGGACAGAAACAACGACCAUUACACCAACAGAGGAUAGAAACAACAACCAUUACACCAACACAGGACAGAAACAACGACCAUUACACCAACAGAGGAUAGAAACAACAACCAUUACACCAACACAGGACAGAAACAACAACCGUUACACCAACUCAGGACCGAAACAACAACCAUUACACCAACAGAGAAUAGAAACAACAACCAUUACACUAUCACGGGACAGAAACAACAACCAUUACACCAAUAUGGGAAAGAAACAACAAGCAUUUCACCAAACACGGGACAGAAACAACAACCAUUACACCAAAACGGGACAGAAACACCAACCAUUAUACCAACAGCGGACAGAAACAACAACCAUUACACCAACUCAGGACAGAAACAACAACCAUUACACCAACUCAGGAUCGAAACAACAACCAUUUCACAAAACACGGGACAGAAACAACAACCAUUACACCAACAGAGGAUAG